UUGUAUUGUAGCCUUCAACCCUUAAUAAUCCCACCCCACCCCUCACCCUGCACCAAUGAGCAACCUCCCUACAACUCAAGGGAAAGCCAUCCCUGAUGCCUCCGACUACAAGGGCCGCCCCGCCGAGCGCUCUAAAACCGGUGGUUGGACCGCUUCCGCCAUGAUAUUAGGAGGAGAAGUGAUGGAGAGGUUGACAACACUAGGCAUCGCGGUGAAUUUGGUAACAUAUUUGACUGGGACCAUGCAUUUGGGUAAUGCUGCCUCUGCCAACGUUGUAACCAACUUCUUGGGAACCUCCUUCAUGCUCUGUCUGCUCGGUGGCUUCCUCGCCGAUACUUUCCUCGGAAGAUACCGCACCAUCGCCAUCUUCGCUGCCGUUCAAGCAACUGGUGUGACAAUCUUGACAAUAUCAACCAUAAUUCCGAGCCUUCACCCUCCAAAGUGCAACGGAGACACCGUGCCACCUUGCGUGAGAGCAAAUGAGAAACAAUUAACGGUGCUUUAUUUGGCGCUUUAUGUAACGGCGCUCGGCACCGGAGGUUUGAAAUCGAGUGUGUCCGGGUUCGGUUCGGAUCAGUUCGAUGAUUCGGACGACGACGAGAAGAAGCAGAUGAUAAAGUUCUUCAACUGGUUCUACUUCUUCGUGAGCAUAGGGUCUCUGGCCGCAACCACGGUUCUUGUGUACGUACAAGACAACAUAGGACGAGGUUGGGGUUAUGGUAUCUGCGCGGGUGCGAUCGUGGUGGCACUUCUCGUGUUCUUGUCGGGUACGAGGAAGUACCGUUUCAAGAAACUUGUGGGAAGUCCAUUAACUCAGUUUGCGGAAGUGUUCGUGGCUGCUCUGAGAAAGAGGAACAUGGAAUUGCCCUCUGAUUCAUCAUUGCUCUUUAAUGACUACGACCCCAAGAAGCAGACUCUUCCUCAUAGCAAGCAGUUCCGUUUCUUGGACAAAGCUGCAAUCAUGGAUUCAUCAGAAUGCGGAGGUGGAAUGAAGAGGAAAUGGUAUCUUUGCACCCUAACAGACGUGGAAGAAGUGAAAAUGAUUCUAAGAAUGCUACCCAUAUGGGCCACCACCAUCAUGUUUUGGACAAUCCACGCUCAAAUGACCACAUUCUCGGUGUCACAAGCGACAACCAUGGACCGUCACAUAGGAAAAACAUUUCAAAUGCCCGCGGCAUCAAUGACCGUUUUCUUAAUUGGAACAAUUCUCCUAACUGUCCCCUUCUACGACCGUUUCAUUGUUCCCGUGGCAAAGAAAGUGCUCAAGAAUCCACAUGGUUUCACCCCUUUGCAACGCAUUGGAGUCGGUUUAGUACUCUCAGUGGUUUCCAUGGUGGUAGGAGCACUGAUAGAAAUAAAGAGACUAAGAUAUGCCCAAUCACAUGGUUUGGUAGAUAAGCCAGAAGCAAAGAUCCCUAUGACCGUGUUUUGGUUGAUACCACAGAACUUGUUUGUGGGGGCAGGGGAGGCAUUUAUGUACAUGGGGCAGUUGGACUUUUUCCUUAGAGAGUGUCCCAAAGGGAUGAAAACAAUGAGCACGGGAUUGUUCUUGAGCACACUCUCUUUGGGGUUUUUCUUUAGCACCUUGUUAGUGUCUAUAGUGAACAAAAUGACAGCACAUGGUAGGCCAUGGCUCGCAGAUAAUCUUAACCAAGGGAGGCUCUAUGACUUUUACUGGCUCUUGGCUAUAUUGAGUGCUAUAAAUGUGGUCUUAUACUUGGUUUGUGCUAAGUGGUACGUCUACAAGGAGAAGAGGCUUGCUGAAGAGUGCAUUGAAUUGGAAGAAGCAGAUGCUGCUGCUUUCCAUGGCCAUUGAAUCUUCUCCCGCCAACCUUUUCUCUUGUUUCUCUCUUUUUUCUUUUCUUUUUUUUAAAAUUUUUUUCAAAAUCCCCCCUGCUUGUAUCAAAAUGUUAAACAAGUAUUUCCACACGAAAAAAAGAAAUGCCUAGCAUCUGGUUACCCAUAAUUAUAAAUAAGCUUGUAAGAUGUAACCAUUUUCUAUGUGUUUAUACUGUGAAAAAGAAAAAGAGGCAAAUAAAUUGAAUUGUUUGCCCCAUAA